AUGGCUACGGACAAAUUAGAAGCUUUAGCUAAAGAAUGGCGAUCUUUGUGGGAGGAGAUGCAAGAGAUGGAGGUACUGGAACUUGCUGCUCUGCCAGCCGUUGAUGCAAGUCAUAAUAAAUACCUUGUGAAGCUAAAUGAGUUGAACAAAAUACAGGAAGAAAGGCAAAAAGUUGUAAAACAUUUUCAGUAUCGGCUGCGUCAAAUCGAAGAUGAUCUUAAAGGGUAA